AUGUUGAGGCAAGUGCUUAGGAGGUCAUUAUCAGAUUCUCGGAGACCGUUGAGGUCCGUUGGCAGCAUCAGCUGCAGCGCCCGGGCAUCCGGGAUUGGAAUGCGCGCAUACUCAUCGCAAAUAUUCAAGGAGGGCAUGCAGCUCGAGACGCACACAGAUAUCCAGAGCGCUGCCCGCGAACAGGCGCAAGAAAGAAUGGGGUCGGAGGCACUGGCGUCGAACAACUCCGUGUUGAAGCACGCAUACCAGGAGUCUGUCGACCACGGGACCCGGCCAAUAUACCUGGACAUGCAGGCAACCACGCCCACGGACCCGCGGGUGGUGGACACGAUGCUGAAGUUCUACACCGGGCUGUACGGCAACCCGCACUCCAACACCCACAGCUACGGAUGGGAGACGAGCCAGGAGGUCGAGAAGGCGCGCAAGAACGUGGCCGAUGUGAUAAAGGCAGACCCCAAGGAAAUCAUAUUCACGUCCGGCGCCACGGAGUCGAACAACAUGGCGCUGAAAGGCGUUGCGCGGUUUUACAAGAAGCGGAAGAACCACAUCAUCACAACCAGGACGGAGCACAAGUGUGUGCUGGAGGCCGCGAGAUCAAUGAAGGACGAGGGCUUUGACGUGACGUUUCUGAACGUCAAUGAGGACGGUCUGGUCAGUCUCGAGGAGCUCGAGCAGGCCAUACGGCCAGAGACCUCCCUGGUGUCUGUGAUGUCGGUGAACAACGAGAUUGGUGUGGUGCAGCCGAUCAAGGAAAUCGGUGCAAUCUGCAGGCGCCACAAGGUGUUCUUCCACUCGGAUGCUGCUCAGGCGUACGGAAAGAUACCGAUUGACGUGGACGAGAUGAACAUUGAUCUGCUCUCGAUUUCGUCGCACAAGAUUUACGGGCCCAAGGGGAUCGGUGCGUUGUACGUCAGGAGACGUCCAAGAGUGCGCAUGGAGCCGCUGCUUUCCGGGGGCGGUCAAGAAAGGGGGUUCCGUUCUGGUACUUUGCCCCCUCCGUUGGUCGUGGGUCUAGGCCAUGCGGCGAAGCUGAUGGUGGAGGAGUAUGAAUAUGACUCUGCCCACGUCAGACGCCUUUCAGACAGGUUAUUGAAGGGCUUGCUGUCAAUAGAGCAAACCACGCUAAACGGCUCCGCAGACCAUCGCUAUCCUGGCUGCGUGAAUGUCUCUUUUGCAUUCGUGGAGGGUGAGUCUCUCUUAAUGGCCUUGCGUGACAUCGCCUUGAGCUCAGGUUCUGCCUGUACGUCCGCUUCUUUGGAGCCAUCAUACGUGCUACAUGCCAUUGGUAGAGAUGACGCUUUAGCGCACUCGUCGAUCAGGUUCGGCAUUGGUAGGUUCACCACUGAGGCUGAGGUGGACUACGUUAUCAAGGCCAUCACCGAGAGAGUAGAGUUUUUGAGGGAAUUGUCCCCACUGUGGGAGAUGUACAAAGAUGGCAUCGACCUAAACACCAUAGAAUGGUCGGGCCAUUGA